AUGACGAGGUCCAUCAAUUGGCCGCCUCUCGCUCAGCGAGCGCUCCUCGAAUGGAUUGACGAUCACAAGGGGUCUCAAAGCGCAUUGAUCCAAAACUAUGAUUCAGCCAUCGCAGACCUGACGACAAGCCUGCAGAAGAGGUUUCGAGACAACGCAUCGUUCUCCAAAGGGAUCUCACGACCCCAAGUCGAACAAAGGAUCAAUUAUCUUUGGAAAGACAGACGCGACGAUUUCCAAUCAUCGGCGUUGGAGGACUUCUACAGAAACGGCACCUUCGUGCUCGACUGGGACAAGCUUAGCCGCAAGCCUGUCGCUCGAGCGUACACAAAGGAAGAGAUUGCAUCUUUGAGAGGAAAAAGCGUUCAAAGCUCAAGCAGAGCGACCAAUGCAUCCGGGGCAAGUGACACAGAAGAGCCCACCCAGGCUGAUAAACGUCGUCGAACGGAUAAUGGCUCCGAGAAUCGAUCUGAGGGCAAGGGCCAGCGACAAGAGGGAAGGACGCGAAAGAGCCCUUCGAAUGGUUUGGAAAAGGAGUCAGAGUCUCAAGUCGAUGGUUCUUCUCGUCCCGACCAAAGUUCGAGGGCUAUCGGACCAACGACAUUCGGGAAGGAUGCGACUCCUAACAUGCCCACCAAUGAUUUGCCACCGACCCAACAGGAAGAAUCGCCGAGAAGUGGACCAGAACGCACAAUUCCCGUAAAUAUGAGGGAUGGUGUGGACAAUGGAGAAAGCGAGGGUCCGUUGUUCGAGCCAAGCCUCCUUGACCAGUUUUUCUAUCGCAACCUCGGGGAUACACUUCCGACCAAAGUCAUAGUGUCGGCUAUGGAAUCUCUUGAGCACGAAAUCGCCUCUGCCAUCACCAUAUAUAUGGCAGCGUUGGAUAUGCCGGAUAUGCAACUGAUGACCGUUGACACAAGACUUCUAUAUCCUGACGAAUGCCGCGCUCUUUUUGCAGACAUACUCGGAUUAUCUAGCUUUAGGGGCGCAGGUCGCAGCUCUGAGAAGCUCCUCGCUUUCCAGCAAAGCAAAAUCAGACUGUGCGAGUUUCUCAAGUCGUUUGUCGGCAUCGCUGUGGUGCAUUGGUGUUUUUUUCAUCGAGAGAAGCCGGGAAUUUACUUCCGCGAGCUUGGUGGAGGAACCGUCAAUACUGUCAUCAAACAGACAUUUACGCCUGAAGUCCAAGCCCAUGUAUGGCAACGACUAUGGGACGAGCAUUUGAGCAGAAAAGUGAUUCGCACCAUCGACUCAGAAGCGCACCACAUGGCAUCUAUGAUGCUUGCAUAUAUCGACAUGGUCAUCCCUAACGACCCUGGAGAAAUAAGACGCUUGGAAGACCGUAAUGUCUAUCGUCUACAGAUGGACGAAUCAGACCAGGAGCCGCCCCAGACCAGCGACCCCUCACCGCGCUUGAAAGAGUCUUUGGAACGGGCGACGUUGCGUCGAAGUCUCGCCAAGAUAUUCAAAGAGGGAUUGGAAUUCCAAAUCGUUAUGUCGAAGCAGCUGAAUGAAGACUACUUGAUCACCUGGCCUCGAUUCUUGCAACCCUAUGAGCGCCAGGAAAAUCGAAUGCGAAGAGCUCCUGGUUCCGGUGCCGACGACGACGACGACGAAUCCAAGGAGCGUGUGGUAUGCCUCGGGUUGAUGCCCCUGGUCAUGCGAAGAGUAAAACUUAAGGUCGACGAAGAGUGGACGGAGUUUUCUGUCGUGAGCAAGGCCACGGUCAUUCCUUUGUGA